AUGCAUAAACGCUUUUUUGUGCUGAGGGCAGCCAGCGAGUCUGGACCCGCCCGGCUGGAGUAUUACGAGAAUGAGAAGAAAUGGAGACACAAGUCAGGGGCCCCCAAGCGCUCCAUCCCACUAGAAAGCUGCUUCAACAUCAACAAACGGGCUGACUCCAAGAACAAGCACCUGGUGGCCCUCUACACCAAGGACGAGCACUUUGCCAUUGCAGCUGACAGUGAGCCUGAACAGGAGAGCUGGUACCAAGCGCUGCUGCAGUUUAAUGCGGGACUGGGGGAAGCAGGUGAGGACAGCUACGGUGAGGUAGCCCCUGGCCCGGCUUUUAAGGAAGUUUGGCAAGUAAUUCUGAAGCCUAAGGGCCUAGGCCAGACAAAGAACCUGAUUGGCAUCUACCGCCUGUGCCUGACUAACAAGACCAUCAGCUUUGUGAAGCUGAAUUCAGAUGCUGCUGCUGUGGUUCUGCAGCUGCUCAAUAUCCGCCGCUGUGGUCACUCUGAGAACUUUUUCUUCAUUGAGGUGGGGCGCUCAGCUGUCACAGGGCCUGGUGAGUUUUGGAUGCAGGUAGAUGACUCGGUAGUGGCGCAGAACAUGCAUGAAACCAUCCUGGAGGCCAUGAGAGCCAUGAGCGAGGAAUUCCGGCCCCGCAGCAAGAGCCAGUCUUCCUCCAACUGUUCCAACCCUAUCUCUGUGCCCCUUCGCAGCAGGCACCACGUCAACAACCCUCCACCCAGCCAGGUGGGGCUCAGUCGCCGGUCCAGGACUGAGAGUGUCACAGCCACCUCUCCUGCUGGUGGUGGGGGUGGAGGUACAGGUGGAAAACCCAGCUCUUUCCGGGUUCGCGCAUCGAGUGAUGGGGAAGGCACAAUGUCAAGACCUGCCUCUGUGGAUGGUAGCCCGGUUAGUCCCAGUGCCAACCGGACCCAUUCGCAUAGACACCGUGGCAACUCCAGGCUCCAUCCUCCACUCAACCACAGCCGAUCCAUCCCAAUGCCUUCCUCACGCUGCUCUCCUUCAGCUACCAGUCCAGUUAGUCUGUCAUCCAGCAGCACUAGCGGCCAUGGCUCCACCUCGGACUGCCUGUUUCCACGAAGGUCAAGUGCUUCGGUUUCUGGCUCCCCUAGCGAUGGUGGAUUUAUUUCUUCUGAUGAGUAUGGUUCCAGCCCAUGUGACUUUCGCAGCUCUUUUCGCAGCGUGACACCAGAUUCUUUGGGACACACCCCACCAGCUCGGGGUGAUGACGAGCUCAACUACAUCUGCAUGGGGGCCCCCAAUGGCCACUUCAUCCAACGCACCUGCCACCCGCAGCAGCAGCCCCGCUACCCUGGUACACCGUGCUGUCCUCGAGGUGGUAGCGAGGAGGUGACUGACUUGGAGAAGGUCUUCAGGAAGCGGACUCACUCUGCAGGCACUUCACCUACCAUCUCCCACCAGAAGACACCGUCACAGUCUUCGGUGGCCUCCAUAGAAGAGUACACAGAGAUGCUGCCUUCUUACCCCUGUGGCGGGAGCCGGUUGCUCUCCUACCGGCACUCAGCCUUUGUGCCCACGCACUCCUACCCAGAGGAGUGUCUGGAGAUGCACCACCUGGAUGGCAGCCAUCAUAGGACCAACUCUGCCCCGCACACAGAUGAUGGCUACAUGCCCAUGUCACCAGGUGUAGCCCCUGUGCCCAGUGGCAGGGUGGCCCCCAAGGGUGGUGACUACAUGCCCAUGAGUCCUAAGAGUGUGUCGGCCCCACAACAGAUCAUCAACCCUGGCAGGGGGGGCCGUCACCCUCCAGUCACAGUGGACUCCAAUGGACAAAUUCAGAGAGCAGACUUUAAGGACUCCUACUCAGAUGAUUUUGAGAGAACGUCUGACCAGUAUGUUCAAAGGGAGAAGAGUUAG